UGCUUGUGCGCGUGGUUACCAUGGCCAAUUGUUUGGCAUUAGAGUUUGGCAUUGCUGUGGCUUCAGAUGAUUCUAAAGUUUCUUAACUUUAUACCUACAAUUACUUUUAUUUUCACGGGGUUUUUUUCUGUUUGCUUUUUCCCCAAGAAGGAGCCUACUUAGUUCCAUGUCAGUGGCAUGUAAAGUUGUUUUUAGCCAUGAAUUCUCAAAAGGUUUCCAGGGCUUUGGAGCAGAACGCGAGCUAACUUUAAAGCAAACUAAUUACUGAACGCUUAAAGAUAUAAAACAUUUAAUGGUUAAAGUUGGUCAAGUCUUAUAAUGAGUUCUCGACGGGAGCAAGACGGACACUCACCAAGACUGGAGGCUGUGAUUCAGAAAUUGGAGGAGACUCUGCUUCAGUCGGACGGCAGCUCAGGAGACAGAAGUCUGACACUUCAAGGGGAUGUGGAAGAAUCUGGAGCCACUCCUAUCCCUAUCUCCUCUCGCAUUUGUCAGAUCAUCGCCCGCAACCUUGCUGAACAGCCUGCUGGUGAGAGCGUUGAGGUUAGCAAGCUGGAGGAGAGCGGUGCCCUGAGGGAGCAUUCUUCUCCCAGCCAGAUGGACGAUGACCAGCCACUAGUCAAACAAACCAGUCUCACAGAGAGGGCCCACCUGGACUCAACUGAGCUUCAGAAGCAUGUUGAGCAAGAUCUUAACAUUGUUAUCCAGAAACAGACUGCUCUGCUACAGGAGGAGCGAGACCGGAGUGCCAGCCUACGGCAAGUCAACUCUCUGCUACGGGAACAACUGGACCAGGUAGACAUUGUCAACAAGGACCUAAUGGAGAGACUGAGGAAGGCCCGCGAAGAUGCUCAGUGGUUUCAUUCUCGCCUGCGCAAAGAGAAAGAGGUGGGGGGGAGGGAGCACUUAAAUGACGGGCUUGAACUUAAAAGGCAAAGGGAAAGUUCAAGUCCACCCCUUAGUGCUGAAAAAUUGCACAAUUAAACUCCUGCCGAGUUCACAUGGGGUUGGAAUUCCAUUCAUAGCUAGUUUCUUGAAUUUACUCUCGUUCCCUGUUCAUUUUUUUUUCCUUUUUGAGUUGUUGUUUCC